CCAUGCUUGUGCGAAGGGCAUCAGAGUUUGCUUCCUCUUGUCGUGGCCUCAGCAGCAUCCAUAUCAGGGGACAUGACAGUGUUAAAGUCCCCCGCAUCGCAGAACCCCGACUCUAAGAUAAAGGAGGUGGAGGGAACACUUGACCCAGAAGGGCAAGCGACCCAGCGAGCCGCCCCGGAGAAGGGUGGAAUGCCGCCUGAAGAGGAAGCUCGGCAGUCUCAAGCAGGUGCACCCGCGGAGGCCCGGAUUUCGGUGGUGCAAGAGGCGGCAGCAGGGCAGAGGCAGGAGCAGGAAGGAUCGAUGCUCUUUGGCAUACCUAGGGAAAGGGAAGGCGAGGUUGAGCUCAACCAAGGGGAUGGUGCGGAGGAAGUAGGAGAUAAUUGCGCCGCCAAGGAAGCAGGACUCGGGAGCUCCGUCAAUGAAGCCAAAGGAAAGGCAUCGGAGUACAUGCCAACCUCAUCAGAGCUCUGCAAGCAUGUCAAGGAAGAACCGGUCGAGGAGGAGAUCGGGAACCUCAAAGUAUGCUCUGUGGACGGGCCAGUUUCGAUGGACGACUCUCCGAAGACUGCGGCAAACGACCAGGGAAGAGAGGCUAAGGAGAUGAGCAACACCUGCCCAACCAGGAGGGCUAAGCUGGCCGCGCCAUGGAAAAGGGAGAACAGGUGGAUUGUAGAAAGUCAAUCAGUGCAAGAGGCACAGGAGGUUAAGCAGGAGCCGGUUGAUGAAGAAGUAGCAAGUGCGGCGGGAGUGGCAGUGGGAGGGGCGCAGGCCGGAGUGCCUGAAGAUGAGGCUCUUCGAACAUCUGAUCAUGUCGGCGAAUCGCGUAACCGAACCCCUUCCCAGUCCGGAUACGAUACACCUAUCAUCGUCGAAAGGGACAAGAGGGAGCGAGAAUCGCAUGUGCACUUUAGAAGAGUCAAACAGAAGGAAGCACGGGAAGAGAGGGAGAAACGGAAGACCGAAAAGGAGGAGAGGAUGAGACGGGAGGCAGAGGAAAAGGAGGAAGUCGAAAGACGUGCGAAGAAAAAGGAGGCGAGACAGCGACGAGAUGAGGAGAAAUGAGCGCUCAUGCGCAAAGACAUG